AUGCUGCUCGUCCUCGCAAUAUUCCUCCUCGCCGUGGCCGCCACAUGGCAGCAGGCGGCAGCCUCAGCAUUGCCGCCCGCGCCGGCGCCGGCAGCCUCCGCAUUGCCGCCUGCGCCGGCGCCGGCCGGCCUCGGCGACGCAGCAGGGGCAGAGCAGGCGGAGGUGGAGUUCGUGCGCGGCUGCUGCGCGCGCACGCUCUACCCGCGCCUCUGCUGCGCGGCGCUGUCCCCGUACGCGGCCUCCGUGCACUCCAGCCACGCGCGCCUCGCGCUGGCCUCCGCCAACCUCACGCUGGCCGCGCUCGACGCCCUCGCCGCGCGCAUCCCGCGGCCCGGCUCCGGCGGCGCGUCCUCCGGCGCGCUCCGCGACUGCGCCGAGCUCGUCGCGUCGGCCGCGGACCAGGCGGCGCGCGCGGCCGAGCGGCUGCGCGGGGUCGAGCGGGCCGUGGGCCUCGAGGUGACCUGGCGCGUGGACGACGCGCGGACGUGGCUCAGCGCCGCCAUGACCAACGAGGACACCUGCGCCGACGGCCUCUGCCCCCGCAAGUCCGCGCCGGCGCCGGUGAGGGCCGAGCUGCGCGCCAGGGUGCGCCGCGCUAAGCAGUACACCAGCAUCGCUCUCACGCUCGUUAACAUGCUAGUCAGUAAUAACACAAGAAGUUAG